UUUGGAUGUGUCCACACACCACGUGGAGCCACAAGGUAAUUUCUGUGCGGUCUGUCGCUUCGUAACGUCCUUGACACUCACAGCAGCUUUCCCCAGUGUGCGUUGUUAGGCGAGCCGGUGUGUGGAGACAUGUCAGCGGGAGGUCAGACCACCAGGAGCCGGGAGAUCCCGGCCGUCAGACGGGUCGCCAUCCACGAUGCAGCCCAUAUGCCCCAGGACUACUCCACCACUCCCGGAGGGACUCUGUUCAGCACCACGCCAGGAGGUACCAGAAUCAUCUACGACAGGAAGUUCCUGCUGCAGUGUCGGACGUCUCCUCUGGCCCGUACACCUCCCAACCUGCCCGACAUCCCAGGAGUCACCAGGCCACUCAAACCCAGUGACACACAGCAGCCUGAACAGACACCCAGCAAUAACACCAACCACAACCUGCACACAGAGGAGAGCACAGAUGCCCAGUUUGAAAUGGACAUCUGAACAAAGUCGGCUGUGAGGAUAAAAGAAAUUAACAUUUUCUUUGCUUUUUUUUUUAACGGAGAUAAAAACAUUCUCAGCUUUAAUGAGAAGUCUUACUGAACUGUGAAACCCAGCUUCAGAUUUGUUCUGAAUUUGUAGAUGGCAUUUGUUUUCUAAAGCUUAACAUGUGUUAAAGUGAUGUACUCUUAUCAAACAACACAAAGUGAUGCAUUAAAAUGUUUCUUUACUUUGGAUAUACUUGACCUUGUAUGAUCUGUGACAUAUUUGACAAGUACGUCAAAGUUUUGUUGAAAUUAAACAUAAAUAUUUUAUGUGA